GCGGGCGGCUCGCAGGAGGCGCACGAGAAGUUCCUGCUCAUCGCCACCGCCUACGAGACCCUCAAGGUGAGAGAGCGGGACCGCCACCGCGGCCGGAGCCGCUCCGGAUGAAGAAACACGUAAAGAUUAUGAUUACAUGCUGGAUCAUCCUGAAGAGUAUUACAGACACUAUUAUCACUACUACAGCAGGAGACUGGCUCCUAAAGUGGAUGUCCGGAUAGUGAUCCUGGUGACAGUGUGUGCCAUCUCCGUGUUUCAGUUCUUCAGCUGGUGGAGUAGUUACAAUGAAGCUAUCAACUAUCUAGCUACAGUGCCAAAAUACCGUAUACAAGCUACUGAGAUUGCCAAGCAACAAGGAUUACUCAACAAGACCAGAGAAAAAGGCAAGAACAGGAGGUCUAAGGAAGAAAUUCGUGAAGAAGAGGAAGAAAUCAUCAAAGACAUUAUUAAAAAUAAAAUAGAUAUAAAAGGCGGUUAUCAGAAGCCCAAGAUAUAUGAUAUCCUUCUGUUUCAGAUCCUUCUUGCUCCUUUCUACUUGUGCAAGUAUGUUAUUUGGUACUGCUGGUGGAUUUAUUGUUUCACUAUCAAAGGGCAAGAAUAUGGUGUGGAAGAGAAGCUGUAUAUCAUACGGAGAUACAUGAAGAUGUCUCAGUCUCAGUUUGACAGUCUAGAAGAUCAUCAGAAAGAGACCUUUCUUGAACGGCAGCUGUGGAUACGAGAAAACUAUGAGGUCUAUAAACAAGAACAAGAGGAGGAGUUAAAGAAGAAGAUGGCCAUGGAUCCCCGAUGGAAGAGGUAUCGGAGGUGGAUGAGAAAUGAAGGACCUGGAAGACUGACUUUUAUUGAUGACUGAAAGUUGCUGAACACAUUGUGUGCUAAUGUCGGCAGUGAUCUGAAAAACGUUUUGAUACAUCAUUCAGAGUUUUAUCUGCUGGUUUGGCAGUGAUCUAAAACUCAGGAAUUACUAAAUCAGGCCGAAAAGUAGUACAGGUUUACGGUUUUUAUAAAUCAGAAUUAUUAAACAGGCUUAACUCAAUGUGUUUAUCUUACGUACAUGGGGAUCUUAAUGUGGAGUUCAUUAUUUCAAAUAAUGUAUUUCCUCUGCAUAUUUCAUACUCGUGGUCAAUGGAACCGUACUUUUAGUCCUUCUGAAACUGUUUCUUGAUCUGUCCUUGAAGGUCCUGGUCUUCAUUUCUAAACGGAAGGGUUCAUGCGAGUGAACACUGGAAACUGAAAUCAUUAUUAAGGACUCUGAAGCAAGGGCCAGCUCAUACUUUCCUCUUCCCUCCCUCCAUCUACUUUUCAACUUACUUUUUAAAAUGCCAAAUUGUUUUUUGAUGUAGACAAUAUGGGGAUUAUACCAGACUACUUCUUUUGCUAUUCCUUCUGCAAUUGGAAAUGAAUUUUAUUCUUUGUGGGAAUAAAUGGUGCAUGAUUGAUCACCGUUAUGGUGCGAACAAGCCUUAAUUCUUUGUUCUACAGAGUGGCUCAUGAAAUAGCGUACUUCAGUCACUUAUGUUUGGUUUUUAAUCUUGUACCUUAGGUUGUACCUACUUGUUCAGAACAAGUGUACCAGUGAACAUUAGUCUACUAAAUGUGAAACUUCUUUCACCAAAGUAUUGGUAAAGGGAAAACGACCCUUUUGUUUAAAAGGGCAAUCUUGAUGCCUUAUGUAAAUAAAAGUUUAUAUAAUAUA